AUGCACAAAACGCAGAGCACCGGCAGCAAAGCUAGAGUAGCUGGCAAAGGAUGGCUGGCGGCGAUCUUCACACUUCUAGAUUCUCGACGGCGUGCGUGCCAAGGCGAUGUGGUGCAACUCAACACAGCUCUUCGCGACUGCCGGAGAGCCGGCAGGUGGCAACAUGUUCUGACGUUCUUGAAGAGCGCAGCUUGCAGCCUCGGGACAGAACCUGACAUUGUGACGCACAACACGGCAUUGACUUCGUUGGGAAUCCGUAAACUCUGGCAAGCUUCUCUUGCCUCGCUCUGUGCACUUGGCAAUGGAACCGACGUAUUCAGCUUCAACACCUUGCUGGGCACUCUGGACAACGCUCAGCAGUGGCAUUGGGUGUUGCAGAUGUUCCGCGAUGUCCGACGGCGUCGCAUGGGGGAUGCUGUUACAUAUACUUCCUCGCUGAGGGCCGCCUCGAAGCGAUCCCUGUGGGCCGAUGGCCUGGAUCUGCUUCAAGAUGCCCAGGCUACGGACAUCGAGCUCGACUUGACGGCCCUGAAUGCCGUGGCGAAUGUCUUCGAGAGGGGCUCGGCUUGGAUGCAGUCCUCCUGCCUUUUGGCCAGGCUGCCCAUGGCCACCGCACGGCCGGAUGAUCAAUUCUACAAUUCAGUCCUGAGGGCCUUGGGUGAAUGCACUCGCUGGAGAGGUGCCUUCGCCAGCUUCUUGACCAUGGAUGCACAGAGGAUCAGCCCCACAACUAUAACAUGCAACUCCAUUCUUCAGAGUUGUGCUGAUGGAAGGUGGCCGAUCAUUCUCGUUCUCUUGGGAAGUGUCCAAGAGGCGGCCGUGGAGGCUGAUACAGUUACCUUGAACACCGCCCUCAACACGGGCCGGGAUGGCUCAUGGGAGGCCAUGGGCGCAUUGCUCGUGCGAGCUCGAGUUGCAACUCUCCAGGCGGAUGCUUUCACAUACAGCGCCGCCUUCAGAGCAAUCGAAAACAUCAGCCGCUGGCAGUCGGCUCUGCUCUUGACGACGGACUUUACCGUGAAAGGACUCAGGGCAAGUUUGAUAGUCAUGAACUCGGCGAUUAGCGCAUGCAAAGCUGCGGGUGAAUGGGAGCAGGCCUUACGACUACUCGCAGAUCUUAUCGCCCAGCAGCUGCUACCAGAUGCAGUCACCUACGCGUCGGCCAUCGCAGCUUGUGAGAAAGGCAGCCGAUGGGUCCUGGCUCUUGAGCUCUACGAAGACAUGGCUUUGGAAAGAGUUGAUCCAGACCUGGUCGUGUUUGGAUCUCUGGUGAGCGCCUGCGGGCAAAGUAGAAACGGAUCCAUGGUAUGUGGCUUUUUGGAAGCAUUGGCGAUGCGGAAUGUGGAACCCAAUCUGGUCCUUGCCAAUGCAGCCAUCACUGCUCUUGCGAGGUGUGGGGAGUGGGAGGAGGCGUCGUCAAUGCUUGCAGAGCUCCUUCAUGGGUCUUCCCGCCUGGAUGCCAUUACAUACAAUGCCGUCCUGAAUGGCCACGCUGGCCGAGGGAAGUGGUCUGAAGCUCUUGAUCUGCUGGCAGAGAUGUGCUGUCGGGGACUGGAAGCGGACGUCGUGUCCCACUCUUCUGCUCUGAGUGCUUGCGAGGAGGGGCUUCGCUGGCUUCAGGCACUGGGAAGCUUCCAGCACUUGCGGGGACGUGGGCUUGAAUGCGGCAUCAUCCCUCACAAUGCAGCAAUCGCUGCACUUGCCAGUGGCGCACGUUGGCUGCAAGGCAUGGACGCAAUGGCCAAAUUGCAGCAGCAGGGAAAUGCAGCUACGGAGAUAACUCUCAACUCCGUUGUCAGUGCCUGCCAGCGUGGUCGUCAGUGGCAGGUUGCCCUGCUCCUUUGCAAAGGCUUACAUGCUUCCAGUUUGCGGUUAGACCCGGCAACACACAAUGCAGCUAUUCUGGUAUGUGCAGCUUGUGGACAAUGGCUGAGUACCAUGGACCUGUUGCAAGACUUGCACAGUGUCCGGUAUGCAAUCGACAGUGUGGCCCGUGCUGCGGCAAUCGACACAUGCGAGACGAACCUUCAGCCCCAAAAUGCAGCAAUGCUUCUGGAUGACAUGGCCGAAGCUGCUGUCGCAGAAAUCGCACAGGCCUGUGAUCCCAAUUCGGUCCGCGGCACUCGUAGGGAGAAAAGGGUGCGCUCGGAUUGA